AUGGAUCCAUUCAAGCUUCAGGUGUUGGAUGCACUGGAUCUCACACCCAAUAUGUUGGACCUAAUCAAGCCCAUUCAUAUUCCUGUGGAUUGGCUUGAAACUAAUCAAGCCCACAUCUUCAAAGCUAACUUACCUGGUUUCAAAAAAGAGGAUGUGAAAGUUCAAGUGGAAGAUGAGUGUGUUAUGCAUAUAAGUGGAGAACGUAAGAAGGAUGAGGUGGACAAGAAUGACAAGUGGCGUCGUUUAGAGAGACCACAUGGCCCUUUCUCUCGUCGCUUCCGCCUAUCAGAGAAUGUUAUGAUGGAUAAAAUAAAGGCCAACGUGACAAAUGGAGUGCUGACUGUGACAAUUCCAAAGGCUGCUGAGAGUAAGCCUAAGGUCAUGCUAAUCAAUAUAUCUGAAAAUUAA